AUGAAGCUCAUCCACGUCCUUACCAUCACCCUGGCCACAUUGGCUUUCUCAGCUCCCCUCCCAAGUUGGCCCCCCAAGUCUCCCAAUUCCAGACAGAAACUAAUAUAGAAAAAAACCCCACACCUAUUCUCCCUGGUGAGGUCACCACCCAGGGAGCGGCGGGCGGACGAGGAGGAUACAACGCACCUCCUCCCCGUACUCAGUCCGAGGUCACCACCCAGGGAACAGAGGGCGGCAGAGGAGGAUACAAUGCUCAGUCCGAAAUGGCUACUGAGGGAACGGAGGGCGGACGAGGAGGAUAUAACAGACGCUUUUGA